CCGUCUAGCCUCAACGCGCUCCCGCCAGCCCACCCACCUCGUCGUUCUUGCACCCAACGGUCUCGCAGUUUCUUACCCUUUUCUUUUCACAGGUCCGUUUCUGUGAGAGCACCAAUGCAGCAAGAAUGGCCAUCUGAAGACCCUGUGGAUGCCAGAUUCUCUGUUCUUUGGCGCAAGGUGACUAACAAAAAGAACAAGAUCUGGGAUGGGGAUGGCGUUCUCAUCGUGUCUCAAGGAUAUGCCACCCUCAAGGAUUCGGAUGGAAAGGAUAUCGGUCGAACAGUUUGCAAAACGCCGUUACUUCCUGGAUCUACGCUCAGCAUGGCUGGUAAGGAAGUCGAGGUAGACUCGCGCAUCUCUAGAGAAGAAGCCAAGUCAUUGUUAUCUCAAAAGAAGGCCCCGAAACCAGCUACGGUCAAGACCAGUACUAUUGUUCCGCUUGCUCGGACGCCACUUCGACCUCUAAAGACGCAGAAAAAACCAGCAAGUAUGCUCGGAAAGGCUGCUGCUGCUUUCACUUCUGACCCGAAGGCUGAAGCACUGCCGCGGUCCGCCAGUAUGCUCAGCAAACCGAGUGCCGCUUUCAAAAGUCCGAUGUUGGACAAGACUGGUGUCCCUCUGUCGCGCUCAAAGUCAGAUAGCAAGACCGUCUGUCUUCCUCGUCACGACCCCAACGAGCCAAACGCGCUUGUUAUGAAGCGACCAAAGCAGGCACCUCCUGGAAAGCACAUCGUAGAUGUUGUCGUGGAUCCGAAUCUGACCAAGCACCUCAGACAACAUCAGCGUGACGGUGUGGCUUUUCUGUACGAGUGCGUUAUGGGUAUGCGACCAUUUGUAGGCGAGGGUGCAAUCUUAGCAGACGAAAUGGGCUUGGGAAAGACACUGCAGACCAUUGCCUUGGUCUGGACUCUGCUCAAACAGAAUCCCAUCUACGAGGACGGUCCAGUGAUCAAGAAGGCCUUGAUCGUGUGUCCCGUCACGCUCAUCAACAACUGGCGCAAAGAGUUUAAGAAAUGGCUAGGAAAUGAGAAAGUGGGAGUCCUGGUUGUUGAGAACAACAAGACUAGACUCAGCGACUUUACCAAGGGUAAGAGUUACAACAUCUUGAUUAUCGGCUACGAAAAGCUCCGUAACGUCCAGGAGGAACUGCAACAAGGACUAGGUGUAGAUAUCGUCAUUGCCGACGAAGGCCACAGACUCAAAACGGCCAACAACAAGUCAGCUAUGGCUAUCAAGUCUUUAAACACUGAGAGGAGGAUCAUCCUAUCCGGCACGCCUAUUCAGAACGACCUGGGUGAAUUCUACACUAUGGUCGAUUUCGUGAACCCCGGACUGUUGAAAACAUAUUCGUCUUUCAAGAAGCAAUACGAGAACCCCAUCCUCAAGAGCCGAACGCCGGGUGCAACCGCCAAAGACAUUGAAAAGGGUCAGGCAUGCAGUGAAGAGCUUGCAUCGACUACUGGUCAAUUCAUCCUUCGACGAACCGCAGAGAUCCUGUCAAAGUACUUGCCGCCCAAGACCGAGUACGUGGUGUACUGCCAGCCGACCCAGGUACAGAAGGAUGUGUACGAGGCCGUUGUUAGUAUCGGGGUCUUGAAUCAAGUACUAAAGAGUAGUGAAGCUUCCUUUCAGAUGAUCAACAUAUUGAAGAAGCUCUGCAACAGCCCUUCGCUCCUGGUCAAAGACGCGUCCGAAGCCGAAGAGGGAACAGUAAAAUCACUACUGACCAAAGUUCCUGCGUCGGAUCUCAUGAGUUCAGGUAGCAGCAAGCUGCAAGUUCUAGACGAGUUCCUCCACCUCGUCCACACCAAGACGCAGGAAAAGGUUGUGGUGGUCUCAAAUUACACAGCUACGCUGGAUAUGAUCGGUAAACUGUUGACCUCUCUCGAUUACCCCUUUCUCCGCCUCGAUGGUUCGACACCCGCAAACCAGCGUCAAGGGUUGGUUGACAAAUUUAACCGUACAUCAGCCAACAAUUGUUUCGUCUUCCUGCUCUCCGCCAAAGCUGGUGGCGUAGGCCUGAACCUCAUCGGUGCCAGCCGCCUUGUUCUCUUCGACAUCGACUGGAACCCAGCGACGGAUCUUCAAGCUAUGGGACGUGUGCAUCGCGACGGCCAGAAACAUCCCGUUCACAUCUACCGCUUCUUGACCAAGGGAGCACUGGAGGAGAAGAUCUUCCAGCGCCAGCUCACCAAGCAAGGCUUGGCUGACUCAAUCGUGGACAACAAGGCCAACGCGUCGAGCUUCUCGCCUGAAGAACUCCGAGAUCUGUUUACGUUGGACUUGCGCGAGGGCUGUCAAACUCAUGAUCUUCUUGGUUGCCAUUGUGCGUGUGAUGGCUCUGUUCCCAUCUCUGCUUCAGCAUCGCCAAUCGCCGCCUCGGCUUCUCCCGGAGCAGAAGACGAUGAUGACAGUCAAGCAGAAGACUCAGAUGCAGAAGAAGAAAUGCCUGCUCUCCCUUCCUUCCUCCGGUCUUCUCAGGUCGAUCCAGAAACCCAAGAACGCCUUCGUCGUCAACAUCAUACCGCUCUCCACGCCAGUCUCUCUCCAAAGAAGAAGAGCGGUGGCAAAGGCAAAGAUGAGAAAGCGGCCAUGGCAUCACUCAUGCAAUUCUCCCAUCUAGACGCCGUGGCAUUGAGGAAACAGAUCGCUUUGGGCGAGGGAGAGAUUGAUGGUGACGAAGAAGAUGGUAUCGUCACUGUCAAGGAGAAGGCAGAGGAUGCGGUCAAGGACGUGGUGCUCAGGACUUUGGUGACGGAUGAGAGGUCGAGGAUUGACUUUGUGUUUGCUAAGACGAGCAGUUAA